AAUGAAUGAGGAGUGAGAGAGAGGAGAAAGUCGACGGACUGAGGGGGAAGUUAUGAGCCGAACUGCGACGAAUUGCCGGGGAAGGUGUCCGUGAGCGGGGAAAGCCGACUGAGGGGAGAGAGACAACAAAGUCACAAGUGCAGUCCGAGUCCAGAGGCAGAGCUCCGAAUCCUCGCCAUGGCCGACGUGCUGGAGAGCGGCGGGUCAGGAGCCGUCAGGGUGGCCAGCGUGGAUUGGCAGAAACGCUGCAUCGCUCUGGAGAUGCAGCUGCUGAGGUUCCGGCUGCAGGCGGGGAAAAUCCGAGAGCUGCUGGCAGAGAAGAUGCAGGAGCUGGAGCAGAGGGUGACGGAGGCUGACCAGCGGGCUGAGAGCGCUGAGAAACAGAUCCAUGUCAUGGAAGAAAAGCUGAAGUCUGCAAACAUACAAACCAGCGAAUCGGAGAGCUCGUUGUACAGAAAGUAUCAAGACCUGACCAGUCAGGUUCAAGAGAAGGAUGCCGCGAUAAAGAGAUUAGAGAUGCAGCUGGAAAAACAGAUCUUAGUCAGAGCCCAGGAGGCAAAAAUUAUUGAGGAGAAGGCUGCCAAGAUUAAAGACUGGGUCACAUUUAAGCUUAGAGAGAUGGAGCAAGAGAACCAGCAGCUGAAGAUGGCCAACCUGAAGCAGACAGAGCAGAUAAUGUUGCUGCAGGACAAACUGCAAGCUCUCUUAGAGAAACCUGCAUCCUCUGGAUCCCCUGCCACCUCCCCUGUAAUGGACACCCACCUGGUGCCCACCAGUCCGCUGUUUCCUCCCAGCUGCCCCGGCACACCACCUGCCCAAGAUGACAGCUGGAGGCAGACCGGUCCCCGUGGAGCCGCCUCUAAUAUGAAGACCUCGCCGACAGAUGUGAAAAGGACUCCUGAACAGAGCAGUAAAGGGAUUUGCCUCGGCGACCUUGCAGUCCAUGAUGUGCUCUCUCAGGGUUGGAGCAGGGAGGGUCCCAGCAGCCCGGUUUCCAUUAGUGGACCAGAGCUCCCAGUGGGCCCAGAGGGUGGGGCGGGGAGCUCUGACAGAGACAACUCCUCCGAUGAGCUCAACAGCAAGUUCCGCUCUCAGUGCCUUCACUCGUCCUCUUCCUCUUCAUCCUCGUCCUCGGCCUACGAGAUGGCCCACGGACCGAGCUCCCCGGAGUCCAUCAUCAGACUAACACCCAAAAGCCCCCUCCUGUCGCGCUCCCCCUCCACCAACAACCCCUUCCCGAACCCUCCAGCCCACCAGUCAGGCACAAGCAUGACGUUACCCAAAGUACGAACCCCGCUCACCCCCAGAGACAGCAUCCAGCUGGUCAAGAAGCAUUACAGCCAGCCGCAGCCCAGCCUGGACAGACUCCACCACCUUAACGUCAACAUAGACAUCAUGACCCCAUCCUCCACUUCCUCCACCCUCAAGAGCACAGGCACUGCCACCUUGCCCUUCUCGCAGGUUGUGGAAGAAACAGACAUAGACGAUGGGCUCCCUGACAGCAUGGACGGGGUGGUGGAGGGGUCGGGGUCGGAGGAGCCAUCCCGCGAUGGAGUCUCCUUCGUGGGACUCGCAGAGGAACUGGAUCGGCUGGAUCCAGAGGUUCUGAAGCCACCGACGCCUCCUUUACACCGUUUCCCUUCAUGGGAGAGUCGGAUCUAUGCUGUGGCUAAGUCAGGAAUGAGAGUAUCCGAGGCCAGUCCUGGAGCCAGGGGCCCUGGACGAGCCUCCAAUUUACCCCAAUAUCCAGCGGCAGGUCCGUUUACCCAGUUGAUCUAUAAGAAUAUCAAUGUACCAGUCUAUACCACAUUGAAAGGGAAAGCCACUCAGAUCAGCAGCGUACCUCUGCCUGAUGAUGACUCUGGGUCUGAGGACGACAGCAGCUCUCUGGCCAGUUUACGGACCUCCAUCCUGGGCCCGGACAGGAAGGGCAGCGUCCCCGGGAGCCCGCGUGCCGUCAAGAGAGGUGUGUCCAUGUCCUCCAUCAGCUCAGAGAGUGAUUAUGCCAUUCCUCCUGAUGCCUACUCACUGGACAGCGACUACUCUGAACCGGAGCACAAAGUCCAGCGAACCUCCUCCUAUUCCUGUGAGAGCACUGGGCCUGAAAUGCUGGAGAAGUCUGGCUACCUGCUGAAAAUGGGCAGCCAGGUGAAAGCCUGGAAACGGCGCUGGUUCAUCCUGAGGAAUGGAGAGAUCCUCUACUACAAAUCUCCCAGCGACGUGAUCAGGAAACCUCAGGGUCAGAUCGAGCUGAACUCGUCCUGCCGUAUAGUUCGUGGAGAAGGAGCGCAGACGUUUCAAUUGAUUACAGAGAAGAAGACCUUCUAUCUGACCGCCGAUUCACCCAACAUCCUGGAGGAGUGGAUCAGGGUUCUGCAGAACAUACUCAAAGUCCAGGCCAGCAGCCCGGUUACCGUGGAGACCGCCGCCAAGCCCACUGUGAGAGGUUGGCUUACAAAGGUCAAACAUGGACACUCGAAGCUGGUGUGGUGUUCUUUGGUUGGAAAAGUCUUCUACUACUAUCGUAAUCAGGAGGAUAAGUUGCCUCUGGGGCAGCUGCAGAUGCGGGAGGCCUCGGUACAGGAAGUGGAUCGCUCCUGUGAUUCAGAUGAGGACUAUGAGACGGGCAGUCGAGGUUUCCUCUCCUCCCACUGCACCUUAGUGGUCCAACCAAGAGACCAGAGUCCUACUUACCUGCUGAUCGGCACCAAGCAGGAGAAGGACACAUGGUUGUAUCACCUGACGGUGGCAGCGGGCAGCAGUGCAAACUUCAAAGUGGGCACAGAGUCGGAGCAGCUCAUUGGUAAACUCCUCGAUGCAGAAGGAGACCCAGAAUCUGCCUUGUGGAAGAGCGAGGCCUUGAGCUUCUGUAAGGAGGGCCUGCGCUCGCCUCUCACCACUCUGCCCUCUGAAGCUCUGCAGACUGAAGCUCUCAAGCUUUUCAAGUCCUGCCAGCUCUUCAUCAACGUGCUGGUCGAGUCUCCAUCCGUGGAUUACCACACCUCGCUGGCCCAGAAUGCUUUGCAAGUGUGCCUGACCCACCCGGAGCUGCAGAAUGAAAUGUACUGUCAGCUUAUCAAGCAGACCAACCGCCGGACGCCACACAACUACUCCCUCACACAGUGCUGGCAGCUGUUGUCUCUGUGUGUGGCUCUGUUCCUUCCUCAACAACAUUUCCUUUGGUACCUGAGACAAUACCUGCAACGCAAUGCCGACCCAAGGAGUGAGGUGGGGAAGUAUGCAGUGUACUGUCAGAGGUCUGUGGAGCGAACGCUGCAGAACGGGGAGCGGGAGGCCAAGCCUUCACGUAUGGAGAUCGUCUCCAUCCUGCUGAGAAACCCCUACCACCAUUCACUGCCAUUCAGCAUCCCAGUCCACUUCAUGAACAACACCUACCAGGUGGUGGGUUUCGACGGCUCCACCACAGUGGAGGAGUUUCUCAACACGCUGAACCAGAGGAUCGGCGUGAGGAAGCCUCAGCUGUCCGGGUUUGCUCUCUUCACUGAUGAUCCAUCAGGCAAAGACCUGGAGCACUGCCUGCAGCCGUCUGCCAAGAUCUGUGAUGUCAUUUCCAAGUGGGAGCAGGCGCUAAAGGAGCUGCAUCCUGGGAAGAAUGAGGGCACACGGAUCGUCCGCCUAACAUAUAAGAGCAGGUUGUGUUUCAGGUCUCAGGUGAAAGGCGAGACAGAGCGAGAGCGCCUCCUGCUGACGUACCAGGUGAAUGACGAAGUUCAGCAAGGCCACUUCCCUGUGAACAAAGAGCUGGCUCUGGAAGUGGCUGCCCUCGUGGCACAGGUUGAACAUGGCGAUCUGGAGAGACCGGCUGCCUCCUCUCCUACCGGCUCUCCUCAGCCCAAAUCUCAGCUGAUUCUCCUGCAGGCCUUAGAGCGCUUCUACCCCAAACGCUACAAACAGGACUGCAGCUCAGAGCAGCUCAGAGAUCUUACUGAGCGUCUGGCCACUAAGUGGUCUAUGCUACGUGGGUGCAGUGCAUCCGAGUGUGUGAGAAUAUAUCUAACUGUGGCUCGGAAAUGGCCCCUGUUCGGAGCCAAACUCUUCAGUGCCAAGCCGGUCCCUCCCUCUCCUGUUGAGCAGAGCCAGGUGUGGCUGGCAGUCAAUGAAGAUGGACUGUGUGUGCUGGACUAUACAAUGCACACGCUGGUCACGUACUCCUACCAGUCUGUGAUUACCUUCGGUGGUUACUGUGACGAUUUCAUGGUGGUCACGAGCCAGCAGAGGGAGCCCGGACCCGGGAAGAAGAGCGUGGAGAAGCUGGUCUUUGCAAUGUCUAAACCAAAGAUACUGGAGCUGACUCUGCUCAUGGCCAGCUACAUGAACCACUGGAACCCCAGCCUCCCGUCCGCCUCGCACCAGCCCCUCGGCCACUGGGACGUAGACAGCAGGCACUUCCCUGCGAUGAACUACACCACCAAGGGCCCCACACUACUGUGAAUUGUGCAAGCGACAAGAACAACAAGGACUGUUUGACUACAGGAAGGCUUGAUGACGACGGUCACCUUUAGUCUGCAUUCAUAUGGAGUGCGCUGGGUUGCAUGUCCGGGUUUUACGUUUUUACAGAACAGGUACUAGGAUAUUUUUUCAAGUGUUUUUUUUUUUUAAAUGAAGAUUUAGAUUUAGAAAUGUCAGGAUCAGUCGUCUCAGACUAUUUAUUUCUACAACAAAGGAGUCUUUCAGCUCUGCUUUAUUUAGAUGUCUUGUUCUGAUUCCUUCUUAAAAGUGGAUGCAGAAGCGAUCUGACGGCUCGUCGCAGCUUGUCACAUCUCCACCUGCAGCGUGAUCCUUUUAGUUGCCGGCCGCCCCUCAGAUUUUUGCCUUUACUGACCUUCAUGUCUUGCCGUCUGUCAGACCUCACGUCCUUGUCUCUAAUAAAAACAAAGCCGUCGCCUUCUGAGGGCAGAGUCGACUGGAAUACAGUGUUGUUGCUGUGUAUUUACCAUAAACAAUCACUCGUACUUGACAGUGAAAUACAUCUUCAAUUCAUUUAUGAGGUACUGUGCAAUUGGAAAGGGACUGAUAUGGCAUCUGAGACUUCACUUUCAUAGUUUUAGUAUCUUCAUUUGAUAUAAUACAUAUAAUAUUUCUCAAAUUUAGAGCUGCAAUGAACGAUUAUUUUCAGUGUAGGAGAAUCUGCUCAUUAUUUUCUCAGUCAAUUGACCAUAAAAUGUCAGAAAUCAGAACCAAAUAUUUAUCACAGGGUUCUAAGUCCAGAGAUAUUAAAGAAAAUUAUAAAAGAGCAACUAUUCACAUUUGAACUGCUGGAACCACUGAAUAUUUGCUUUAAAAAAUACUUAAAUGAGGAAUUGAUCAUCAAAGGUAAUCGAUUAAUUAACUGUUUGUUUCAACUCUACUGCAAUACAAUUUGGAUUUUGUUAUAAAAUAGGAGGUACGACUGCUUUCCCAUAGAAAAUAAGGUCAAAUUAAAGGAACCUUUUGUGAUUCCUUUUCUUUGUUUUAAAGGGAUGUUAAUAAUUAGCACACUUAUCAAGCACAAAGCAGGUCAAAUAAAAGUGAAGUAUGUGAACAGUUUGGCCCAGAUCUGCUGUUGAUGUAAUGUUACUGAGGUACACAGUAAGAGGGCUGGGAUAUAAAACGAUAUGUAACAGUGAGAUAAUGUAUCUGUGAAGCUUUAGCAGUGCAGCUUUUUUCUGAUUUCUCUGAACUCUUCUAGACAAACAGCAUGUUCACUAUCAGGUCACUCAGUGUUGAAACCAUCAACAAACAGGAGGAGAGGACAAAUUCAAGAGCUACCACCACAUUUGAAUGACUUGAACUGUUUUGGAUCAAACCACUGUCUUGCUCGUGUCCAUAUUAGUUAUUUAUUUUAUUUCCAACUUUUUUUUGUUGUUGUUGUUGGCUUUUCCUUCAUGUUUUCCCUCAACUGUCACAUUUUGAAGACUUGGUUUCGUUUUUGUAGCAGAGUAAUUUAAGAGCAGAGUAUGUUUGGUUACUGUAUCUGUACUAGAAUGUGUUUGAGAGAUGGGGUCUUUACGUUGUGUG